AUGGAAAAAUCCGGGUAUGGCCGUGAUGGAAUAUUCCGAUCACUCUGGCAACUACACGUCCCAGCAGAGCGUGACACGUCGAUGGUUUCCUUCCUUUUUCGCAACGUUUCAUCCUAUCCUGACAAACCUGCCUUAGUCGACGCCGAUUCUGGUGAAACCCUCACUUUCUCUGCCUUCAAAACCACCGUUGCUAAGCUGUCUCACGCGUUAAACACCCAACUAGGCAUCACCAAAGAUGAUGUUGUUUUAGUACUAGCCCCGAAUUCAAUCCAAUACCCUGUUUGCUUGUUCUCAGUUAUCGCUCUUGGCGCCAUAGCCACUACUGUCAACCCUCAGCAUACUGUCCAAGAACUAUCCAAACAAAUCAAAGACUCUAACCCCAAACUUAUCAUCACCAUUCAAGAAUUGUACCAAAAAGUUGAAACCUUUGGGAUCCGUGUUCUGUUUUUAGGAUCAGAAAGUGCAAGAAAAGGAUGUUAUUCAUAUCAAGAUUUGAUUUUGAAAUCUGGGUCAGUUUCAGAAUUGCCUAAAGUAUCGAUUCGAGGUGAUGACACUGCAGCAUUGUUGUACUCUUCUGGGACAACUGGUGUAAGUAAAGGUGUGGUUUUGAGCCAUUGGAAUUUUAUUACUGCUUCACAAAUGGCAACUUUUGAUCUGAGAUUGUUAGAUGAGAAGGAUCAUGUGUUGUUGUGUUUCUUGCCAAUGUUUCAUAUAUUUGGGCUUGGGAUUUUACUAUAUGCUCAGUUACAAGAAGGGUUUACCGUUGUGUCGAUGGGUAAGUAUGAUUUUGAAGGGAUGUUGAAGAACAUUGAGAAAUAUAGAGUGACAAAUUUGAAAUGUGUUCCACCCAUUCUUCUUGCUUUGGUUAAGCGGUACGAUGUGGUCAGCAAGUUUGAUCUGUCUUCGUUGAGGCAUAUCGGUGCAGGUGCUGCACCAUUGGGUAAAGAACUGAUGGACGAAUGUACCAAGAAGUUCCCUAAUGUUUUGCUUCUUCAGGGAUAUGGCAUGACUGAAACGGGCGGCGUUAUAGCAGUGGAAAGCCCACUCAUGGGACCACGCCUCUCCGGUUCAACUGGGAGGCUUGUCCCAGGAAUUGAGGCUCAGAUAGUGAGUGUGAAUACGGGUAAACCUCUUCCUCCUAACCAAAUGGGUGAAAUUUGGGUUCGAGGAGCUAACGUAAUGCAAGGUUAUUUGAAUAACACCCAGGCUACAAAGUUGACAAUAGAUAAACAGGGGUGGUUGCAUACUGGGGAUCUUGGACAUUUUGAUGACCAAGGUCAACUAUUUGUUGUUGACCGAAUUAAAGAGCUUAUCAAGUACAAAGGUUUUCAGGUUGCGCCCGCAGAGCUUGAAGCACUUCUGCUUUCGCAUUCUGAUAUAUUAGAUGCUGCAGUAAUCCCGUUUCCUGAUGCUGAAGCUGGUGAGGUUCCAAUUGCAUUUGUGGUGCGAUCUCCAGAUAGUUCGUUGACACAAGAAGAUGUUAAGAAAUUUGUUGAUGAGCAGGUUGCACCUUAUAAAAGAUUGAGGCAGGUAACGUUUGUAAACAGUGUUCCAAAGUCGGCUUCUGGAAAACUUCUCAGACGUGAACUCAAGGACAAAAUGCGUUCGAAAAUCUAA